GUCAUUACUACGAUUAACAGAGGAGCAAACACUUGCAAGCCAACGAAGCCGAGCAAACGAGAGAAAAAUGGUGUCUAUGUGUCGACAGAUCCUAGGCCUGUCCCUGGCCAUUAUUGGUUUCUUGGGAGCGAUUAUUAUUUGCGCCCUUCCCAUGUGGAAGAUGUCUGCGUUCAUUGGAGCCAACAUCGUGACAGCACAGAUCAUCUGGGAGGGCUUGUGGAUGAACUGUGUGGUCCAGAGCACAGGGCAGAUGCAGUGCAAAAUCUACGACUCGCUCCUGGCUUUACCUCAGGACUUGCAGGCUGCUCGGGCGCUUGUGAUCAUCGCCAUCAUUAUCUGCAUCUUUGGGCUCGUCCUGGGGAUUGCCGGUGGAAAAUGCACAAACUUUGUUGAGAGGGAAGACAGCAAGACAAAGGUGGCUAUCGCCAGUGGUGUGAUCUUCAUCAUCGCCGGAGUGUUGGUCCUGGUCCCCGUCUGCUGGUCAACUAACACCAUCGUCAGGGAUUUCUACAAUCCCAUUCUCACAGAUGCCCAAAGAAGGGAGCUCGGGCCUUCUAUCUAUAUCGGAUUCGGUGCGGCUGCGCUGCUGAUCCUGGGAGGAGGUAUUCUGUGCAGCUCCUGCCCGCCUAAAGAGGACAACUACAACAUCAAGUACUCUCAGCCACGGUCCACUGCCACCAGCAGAGCCUACGUCUGAAGGAGAUCAAACACACAAAGACUUUUUACUUACAAAGACCCUUUUUUUCAUAAAACCUCUUUAUUCCCACCUGUGAAUUCUUUCCCAAGGAGAAACAAAGGAAAGACAGUGUCUGAUAUGGCGUAGUUUAUCUACUGAGAUUUUGUGCUGUGAUUCUACAGAUCACUGAAAGAGAAAGUGUGCAUUUAUAAUGUGAUGAGAGGAAUCUAACUCAGGGAAUACAAUUUUCUAAAAUGUUAACUGUGUUUUUCAGAAACCAGAUGGUCUUGUAAUAUAUUAACAGGCAGU